GAAGAUGGCUGUAAAAAGUCGCCUGCUACUUUGGCGCGAAUAAAUUAUUCCCGUUCUGAUGGUCAGUGGGGGAUCAAGCAUACGAGUCGUCUGUGAAUACCGGCUGAAUCAUCGUCGCAUGAUUACUGGGAUGAAGAUUUCAUCAUCUCCUUGUAACUGAACCAUGAGCAAAUCCAUGUCGACAGAACACAAAAGUGACGUCGUCGCAGAGGCGCGCAACUUCAGCGCCAGCCUCGCCAACGUGUUCCUGAUGAAGAAGCGCGACCCUCAGACGCGCCACCUGCUGGAGAAGGCCCAGCACUUCGUGGACGGGCUGCUGGCGGAGAACCAGCGACUGACCAACUCGGCCGGCACCCCGCGACACUCGCGCAGCGGAGGCAUGGGCCAACUGUGGGUCAAGCUGGACGAGAUGAAGCGCGAAAACGAGGAACUGCGGAAACACGUGGGGAGAGGACAGCACGAAGACAGAGGGACGCCUACCAAGAGCAUUGGCCAAGGCUCUAGCGACACGACGAAGGUGGACCUGCAGCGCGCCAGGACGGAGAUCGAGUCGCUGAAACAACAGAACGAGAAGCUACAGAAGACUGAGAAGGAACUGGUGGUGAUCACCGCCGGCUUGCAGGACGAGUGCAAGCGACUGAAGACGGCGCUAGACGUCGCCCACAAGUCGGUGGAGAAGGCCAAGAGAGAGUUCAAGAACCUGGAGGCCAGUCUGACCACGGCCAAGACGGAAAACGAUUCACUCAAACAGAAAGUGACAAGCAGCGUGAAGCCGAUGGUGAGAACCGACAAUCGCCACACCGAGAACAUCAACGAGCGGUGCCGGCCCAGCGUGAUCGCCGUGCAGUACAACACGAUGGAGAGUCAGGUAUGGGUGGACGCCAAGGAGACUCUGGAGGACAGCACUGGGCAGGACGAGGAAGACAUCGCCAGGUUCCUCUGUGCAGCCCUCAUGACAUCGUACGAGACAUCUUUAGACGUUUACAGACAUCUGGAGCUAGCCAUUGCAGAACUAUUACGGAAUCCGACCAUGGCUAUGACUAUUACUCGGGACAGCACCAGAGAUCUUCCACAACUUCCUGAUGAAAUGACGGACGCGAUGCGUCUACGAUUACGACAAACCUUUGACCACGUAGAUACAGAUUCCUUUAUGGAGAUUGUGCAACAUUCCCUCGGAGCUGAAUUCAAGGACCACGUGAAAUACAUACCACGUCACAAGUCGGUGAGCGAGUUUCUGAAACAGAGCGCUCGACUCACGUGGCAGAUGGUUAUCCAGCAACCACCAAUGAAACUCUGCACGCACGACACAACAUUCGAUGACGAAAAGCACAAGUUGUGGUGGUCGUGUGAUCAGUCACGCGCAAAGACUAUUGACUACUUUAUUUGGCCAAUCCUCAAGGAUUAUGACAAUGGUACCAUAAUGGUCAAAGGUUGUGUUUAUGCAAGCUGAAAAAAAAGGAAUGCUACAAAAUUUAGUACAUAUCACCAAAACAAAAUAUAAAAGCAAUCCCACAUCGACUGAUCAUUUUAAAAUAUCUAUAUGUAUAAAUUUGAUUUUUCUUCAAAUUUUGUAAAAUGUGAACUGAAUUUGUACUGGAAUGCUUUAAAAACUGAUGGAUAUAGUGGGAUGUGUUAUAAUCAUUUAUCCGUCUCCCAUCGUCCUUUGACCUAUUCAUAAAUCUCCAAACAUGAAUCCAGUUCCUAGACUCAUUUCCAUCCUUGUUUAAACGAUGCUGCCAGGGCUGAACCUAGUCUACAAUAACUAUUUAAAAUAAAAAUCAGGUCCGAGUAACAUGGUCCUCAUCAAUUAUUUUUAAACUAAAGAAAUCUUAUUUUCAGCCCCUACCCUUCCCGGCAAGGUACCGUCCUGGCCACAGACCCCAUCUAUACCAUUAAAAGACAUUUUUAAUUUCAUGUAUAAAUGCCAAAACCAUGAGAAAUUAAGUUGCUUGACUUUAAUUUUGCAUUUUCGUUGCAUUUGUGCAAAACUGACAAGAUCUACUUUAAGUUAAGCUAGUGACACAUAUAUCCGUUAACGGUCCGUUUGUCGCAUCCGUUUGUCGUCAGUAAAACGUAUCUGAUAACGGAUGAUUUCGAACCAAUGGUUUUCAGUGAAAAUCGACACACAUGUCAAUGUUUAUUUGUUGGAUCCGAUUGUCGCAUGUUUUGGACGGUGCUCGAAAAUGCUACCUUAACGGAACAAGGACUAUCAUGUUAUGACGUCAUAUUGGGGAAAACACUGUAUUGUAGUUUCCUAGCCUUGGUGGUGGGAUACACUUGGCAAACAUGUGACCUUAUCAGACCAGAUUUCUUUGUUUACUUGCAUGUUUUAUGUAUUUUUGAAGUUUAGAAAAUAAUAAAAUCAGUUUUCAAUUGGUCCUGUUGGUUUGUAGGGGCCUAAGUUGUGUGGGAAUUUUGAGUUUUUCCUCCGUAAUCCUUGGUUUUACGAACAUGAUUUCGGAUACAUGUCUUAUGGUUUGGCGCAUAAACGGAUCAGUUUACGGAUACGUGUCGCUAGCUGACAUGUAUGAUACUAGGUGGCUAUGUUCAUUUUUUAAUAUAUAUUCCCAUAGCCUACUGUGUAUACAUAUUGUUGUGAAUGCUUGUUUUUUAUAUUGUGAUAUUUAUUUCAUUGUCAUGUCUUUUAUACAACACUGAUUCAAAUGUGUUUUAUAAUAAUUAAUAAAUUAAUGUAACACUAA